AUGCUCAGUUUGGUGUGUAUUGCUAGAGAGGUUUUUUUUUUUUCUUGGGAGAGUGCAUGUGAUCAGCGCAGGGCCACAAAGCACUGUCCAAACAGAGGUCAGGGGUCCUGCAUCCUUCUAUAGCAGAAUGAAAACUCCUCCUACAAGCUGUAACCAGUGCUCUGCUGGACACUGAUAGAAGUCCCCCUCUUAUCUCCUGAUGAGACAUAUCAUGUGGAGUCAUUCUGCACAUGCUCAGUUUGGUGUGUAUUGCUAGAGAUAUUUUUUUUUUCUUGGAAGAGUGCUGUGGGAGACCAGAUAUAG